CAUUUUCUUGGGUCAAAUAGAUAACCAGAUAAUUUCAUGAGAAAACCAGACCGAACUAUACGAUUUUUCAAAAAUGAUCAACUUUUGUAUUUUUGUUUGUGGAAUAAUAUUCGUCGGAUAUUGGUGAGGUGGACUCGUAGCCGUCGGAUAAACACGCGGCUGAUCUGAAGCGUCUCUGCAAAAGAGAAAAGAGAGCAGAGAAUUCAAACCAGUUUCCAUCGACGCAACGACCAAUCUCCACGAUUCCUCUCUUCUCUCUAACUUCCAGGUACGUUUUUCGAGAACCCAAUGAAGCAAUCAAAGUCCUUGGAAUUCAUUUGAUUUUACUUUCAGGUCUUUGGAUUUCUAUAGAAAGAAAGAUCUGUUUAUUAUUUGAUUGGAACAUGAUAAGCUGCUCCGUUUCUCAUAUCCACUUUUGUUCAAUUUAUUUCAAUUUGAUCGAUAAUUGGAAAAGUACUGGAUCUGGUGUAUCGGAAGUUACCGGUCAAGCUAUGUAUGAACCCUUGUGAUAUUUUCACAUGCGUUUAUUCAUUCAAAUAUGCUAGAUUUUUAAUCUGGUCAAUACGUGAUAUCAGGGUUUCUUCAGUUGGAGACAAGUUGUAUCCCUCGUUUGCUUUCUGCGAAACUAAGGUGCAAUGGCGAAGAUAAAACCGCAGGCUCUUCUAAAUCAAAGCAAGAAGAAGAAGGGUCCAAGUCGCAUAAGUAUUUCCACUAUUAUUGUCUGUAAUCUUGUAGUUGCUGUAGUCAUAUUAUCGUUGGUCACAACCUAUCGCCAUUGGUCCCAAAGGUCAAGAAACACAAUUGAACAUGAAACUCGGAGUCAGAGAUUUGAGGACACUAAUACUGCGUCAGGGCAAAAAACUUACGAUCUUCCUGGUUUUGCUGAUAUAAACACAUCAAAAGGACUUAUAACUGUCGAACUCUUCAAAGAAGGUUCCCCUGAAGUUGUGGACAAGUUUCUAGAUCUAUGUCAAAAAGAUCACUUCAAGGGAAUGCCGUUUCAGCGGGUUAUAAAGAACUACUUGGUACAAGCUGGUCACUCACCGAGCUCUAUACCUGUAGAAGAAUGGACAGCUAAAGGAAAGCUCAGAGGUCGCCUUCACAUUGGCCCAAAACAUGAGGCAUUCAUGUUGGGAACACCAAAAAACAAAGGGAACAACAAGGAUUUUGAGCUUCUGAUCACAACGGCCCCAAUCCCGGAUCUGAAUGAUCAACUUAUAGUGUUUGGAAGAGUCCUUAAGGGAGAGGAUGUAGUACAGGAGAUCGAAGAAGUGGAUACGGAUGAGCAUUUCCAACCGAAAUCGCCAAUAGGGAUCACUGGUGUUGUACUGAAACUAGAGACAUGAAAUGAAAAUUUCUCUUCCUUGCUUCCUCUGUAAAUGAGGCUCACGCCAAAUCCUUCUUCAUACUCGCUCUUUUGUAUAAAUCCUCUUUUGAGGUUUUUUCUUUCUUUCUAUUUUACAGUUUCUUGUUGUUUUGUAAUUUUAUUUGAUUUUUCUCGAGGAAAUAGAAUCUUUGUUUAAUUAUGCUUCUGAUACUUGAGCAAAUACAUGAACUGAUUUUAGAG